GUGAGCAGUCAAGCAAUUAUUUAAUUAACAUCACAUUCAGAAAGAUGUUUUUGAUAAUAAUACUCACAUAUUUCUCUGCAAUAACAUUGGCUCAAAUUAUUGAACUGAAAGAAGGAAAGGUCCGAGGUUUCGAGUAUAAAACAAGCAAAGGAGAAGUUGCAGAAAUAUUUCUCAACAUACCCUAUGCCUCACCUCCAGUAGGUGAUCUCAGAUUUGAGAAGCCAAGAUCCCCAAGUCCAUGGGCAGAUAUUCUCAAUGGAACCAUUUUCGGUGCUAAAUGCACUCCAUUUGUAACACUUAAGGAUGACGAUACUGCUAGCGAAGAUUGUUUGACGCUCAAUAUAAUUCGACCGAAGAGAAAGGCACCAGCAUCGGAAGUGGGAUUUCCUAUUCUUUUCUGGAUACAUGGUGGAGCUUAUAAAUCCUUCUCUGCCGUUGAAUGUGGUUAUAAAAGUCUCGCAGAUACUUAUACAAAUAGAGCCGUAAUAAUCGUUACAAUACAAUACCGGCUAGGAAUUUAUGGAUUCUUUUCCACUGGUGAUGAGCUCAUGCCGGGAAACUUAGGUUUGCUCGAUAUGGCUGAGGCACUCAAGUUUGUGCAUUCAAAUGCGCUAAACUUCGGUGGAGAUCCAUCACGCAUCACUGUCUGGGGUCAAGGCGCGGGCGGUGCUGCAGCCGGGCAACUGGCACUUAGCCCACUGACCAGAGAUAUGGUUGCGCGCUCCAUUGAAAUGUCAGGCUCACCAUGGGCAUCAUGGGCUAUCGGUAGUAGCGUGGUCGACAACUCCUUAAGACUAGCGAAAUUUCUGGAGUGCACUAAAGACAUCAAGGCUUGUAUGAAACAGAAAACAACUAAGGAGAUUAAAAAAGCUAUAAUAGAAAUGGAUGACCUCAAUAUCGUAAGAUGGGGUCCAGUAAUCGACGGUCUAUUUCUUCAACAUCCAGAUGAAAUGGCUGAAAACGCUCCAAGAAAGGUGUCUAUCAUCGGCGUCACAGCUAAGGAAGCCGCUCUAUUUACUGUGGUUGGACCCCCUUUUUGGAAAAACUUCAAGAUUGAUCCAGCUGAUUUUCCAAAGUGGAACAGGCAGACGUUGAUCGAAAAGCUGACGAAAUAUGUGAAAGCGAUUUACGUUGGGAAGAAUUUACAGAAGGUAACAGAUAAAGUACUUGCAUAUUAUGUCGAUAGGGAUGAGGAAGAAAAUUCAGAUUUUUAUCUUGACCGAUACACCGAGUUUCUCAGCGAUCUAUUCUUCAAUGUACCAGCUGUUGAAGGUAUUCUUUCACGUGUCAAAGCUGCUCAUUGGGAAAUAUAUGCAUAUAUCUUUGAUCAUUACGGUGAAGUUCCCUGGGAAGAAAAAAUUCCGAAAAGGCUGAGAAGAGCAACACAUAGUAGUGAGUUCCCCUUCGCGAUUGGUGUAGAUGAGCUAUUGGACCUCGGCAUGACUCUCAAACCAGAACAACAGAAAUUCGCAGAUUAUUUUGGCGAGUCAUUUGCCGAAUUUGCUGUCGAGGCGCAUCCUCUAAAUCACCAAAAGCUUUGGUUGGAAAUUAGCGAAGAUCCUUCUAUACGCUACAUGAAUAUGUCGUCGAUUUACGAAUUGAAAAAGGGAUUUUUCAAAGAAGCUUCAUCAUUCUGGCAAAAACUGAGAAAACACGGCUACGACAUGGUGAAGAUGUUGCCGCUAAGAAAGAUCAAGAAAGCCGCCCACACCAAGGAGGAACUGUGAUUCCCGAAAAGUUGUAGUAUCAUUGUUGUGUCUUACAAGUAAUUUCAUUGUUUCGGAAACAAUGGGGCAAUUAUUUUUGAUAAAGGAAGCUGAAAACCG